UCUCUCCCUCUCUCUCUUUCUCAGGGUGGAGGCAGAACGCAGAUCGUCUCUUUCCGUGGAUGGAUGCAGGCAGCGGAGGAAGGGGAGGAUUUGCGGUUCUCCUCCUCGGUUCUCGGUUCUCGGUUCUCCUCCUCGGUCUCUGGUUGUUUUCCGGAAACCUGCAGCAUCACCAGCGGGGCUUCUGGAUGCGGCGCGGCUUAAGAUGAGCUGAGUGAUUAUUGAUCCGCUGCAUCAGGCUUGAAUCCCCCUGAGGCCAAAUGGAGCAGGAUGUGGAGAGUCCGGCCGCCGUCAGGAAACCCAAACUGCCCAAGCAGGCCCGGGAGGACUUGCCCAAGCAGCUGGCAGAGAUAGACAGAGCAAAGAAGAUCCAGCGCUACGUCCAGAAAGACGGGAAGUGCAACGUCCACCACGGGAAUGUCCGCGAGACCUACCGCUACCUGACAGACAUUUUCACCACGCUGGUGGACCUGAAGUGGCGGUUCAACCUGUUCAUCUUCGUGCUGGUGUACACGGUGACAUGGCUGUUCUUCGGCCUGAUGUGGUGGCUCAUCGCUUACCUCCGCGGCGACCUGGACCAUAUAACUGAUGGUCAGUGGACUCCGUGCGUCAACAACCUCAACGGCUUCGUAUCGGCCUUCCUGUUCUCCAUAGAGACGGAGACCACCAUCGGCUAUGGAUACAGAGUUAUCACGGACAAAUGCCCCGAGGGAAUCGUUCUGCUUCUGGUCCAGUCAGUGCUGGGAUCCAUCGUCAACGCCUUCAUGGUGGGCUGCAUGUUUGUUAAGAUCUCGCAGCCCAAGAAGCGAGCGGAGACUCUUGUGUUUUCCACCAACGCCGUCAUCUCCAUGAGAGACGGACGGCUGUGCCUGAUGUUCAGAGUCGGAGACCUCCGAAACUCGCACAUCGUAGAGGCUUCGAUCAGAGCCAAGCUCAUCAAGUCCAAGCAGACCAAGGAGGGGGAGUUCAUUCCUCUCAACCAGACGGACAUUAACGUAGGCUACAACACCGGAGACGACCGGCUGUUCCUGGUGUCACCGCUGAUCAUCUGCCACGAGAUAAACCAGCACAGUCCCUUCUGGGAGAUCUCCCAGGCUCACCUGGCCAAGGAAGAGCUGGAGAUCGUUGUGAUCCUGGAGGGAAUGGUGGAGGCCACAGGGAUGACGUGUCAGGCCAGGAGUUCCUACGUCAGCAGCGAGAUCAAGUGGGGUUACCGCUUCAUGCCCGUCCUGACGCUGGAGGACGGCUUCUACGAGGUCGACUACAACAGCUUCCACGAGAUCUACGAGACCAACACACCCGCCUGCAGCGCCAAAGAGCUGGCCGACACGGCCGCCCGCGCCCGGCUGCCCCUCACCUGGUCGCUGGCCAGCAAGCUGAGUCAGCAGGGGCUGGCCGAGUCGGAGCAGGACAGCGAGGCCGGCCCGGAGAGCCAGGAAAAGGUCGCCGAGAGGAACGGGGAGAUAGCCAACCUGGAGAGCGAGUCCAAAGUGUAGCGAGAACCGAGCGGCUCAGCGAGCGCACUGCGGGAGGGAGAACUGUAGAAAUCCUUCACUAGAUCCGCUUUUCAGAUUCCCACCUGGAGAACCAGGUAGACAUGAGGCCACAGCUGGACUGAGAAUCCUCUGCAUGUUUCAGCUGUCAUGUGACGACUCCUCAGAUCCCUGUUAUUUUUUCUAACCAGAUAUUCCUAGGGGCAUUUGCAGAAGUAUUUUUGUACAUAUUAUAAGCAGUUUUGGAUUCUUUGUUCUGUUUCUGUGUGAUUAUCUACAGGAUGUUUGAUACUACUACCUUUAGGUUAGUUCUGUAUAUAUUUUAUGCCUUACUGUAUGUAUAAAGCUUUCAAUAACCUUUUUUCAGAAAUAUAUCUAAGCAUGUAACAGUUCAUUUAUCUGGUAUUCUGCACAAACUGAACGACAUUAACGCUCUGAGACAAACAUGGAUGGAUGCAAGCUCUAGUGAAACCAAUGAGGAGUUCUUCCCCGGAUGAAAAGUGUGUGUUUAUGAUUGAACUAGACCAAGCCAUGACUCGCUGCUUACAGCUGAUCCACUUCAGACAACGGCCCUUUAACAAUGCAUUUUGUCACUUUUUUGCACACUGGAGACUUCCUGUCAGGCGCAGGAUGUUAACUGAUGUUCUCCAUAUUUCCUUCACAUGUUACCUAAAAUCAUAGACAAUAAUAAACAGUAAGUUCCUUAUUAUGCACA